AUGGCUGAUGAGGAAGCAGCCGCACUGCGAGCUCAGAUUGCCGCCCUCUCUGGAGCUAUUGAUCAACGACGAUCCGGGCCAUCGAACUAUGGAGCAGAGGGAGUGCGCGGCCGUGAAAGGGGAAGGGGAAGAGGAGGAAGAGGGAGGGGAGCGCCCACGCCAAGCCGAAAUCGAACGCUGGUCCUGUCUACUGAACCUGGCUUUUCUUCCUUGUCUCGGUUCUCUCCCAGUUCCACGCUUGCGCCCUCGGAGACAUCCGCCGACGGCCAUUCUGGCGGCUGGGUGAAGCGAAAGACGACGCACAAUAUGAGUCUGGUCAGCUCUUCUACCUUCGAAAAGACCGAGCCUGCUCGUCUGGCAGCACUGGAGGCCACUCGAAAAGCCGGGAAAGCACAGGCUUCGCCAUUUAAAGAAGAGGUCAUUAUCGAUGGCGUCACUUUCGAAUUCGAUGAGACUGGAACAAAGCUGGUGAAGAAAGCUGCGCGUCCCCGCUCGCCUUCACCUGUGCCAUCGCACAUGGCGCCCUCCAAUUCCGACGUUGCAAAGGCCGACGACCGACAACCAAGUACACCUCUGAAAACGUCGGUAAACGGUCAGGCUUUCGUGAGGACGAAGAGAGGAAAUCUCAUCAGCGUCGAACUGCUUGCAAAACGAAAGGAAGAGAAGCAGACAGCCCAAAAGCUGAAGAGGUUGGACUCAAUAGGGCAAUGCAAACGAGGGUUAUCAUGCCCCUACACCCACGACGCCGCCAAAAUCGCCAUUUGCCCUGGCGUUCUGAGAUCUUCGGGCUGCACGCAGGCACCAGGGUCAUGCCUGCUUUCCCACGACAUCCGUCCCGAACGGGUUCCCCAUUGCGUCCAUUAUCUCAGAAUCGCAACAUGUCGAAACGGCGAAACCUGUCCCUACACGCACCCGAGUCCGACCUCGCGCCAAUCGAUCAACGUGCGCGCCGACAAUAUCUGCCCAGAGUUCACCAAGGUGGGCUGGUGUGAUGGUGGGAGAGAGUGCAAGAAGCGACAUACGUGGGACUGCCCAGCCUUUGUCAGAUCCGGCCAGUGCCAAACAAAGGGCUGCAGGCUGCUGCAUGUGAUUCGCGCUGAGAGCUUAGGAAACGGCAAAAAGGGACGACAAGACGAGGAGGAAGGACUGCAGGAUGCCGAUCUAUUCGUCAGGGACGAUAGCGCAUUUGAUCAGGAGGAGGAGGAGGAGGAGGAAGAGGAGGAAGGUGAUACUGAAGAUGCUGAGGCGAAAGAAGAGGAGGAGGGGGAGGAGGAAGAAAAAGAGAAGGAGGAUGCGGCUGGAGAGGAAAAUUCAACACGAGGUAAAGAUAGCGAGGCAUCGACGAAGAGAAAGAGGCAGGAUGAACAAAUUGACUUCAGCUCGACGAGGCAAAAGCGCAAGACGGCAAAAGAUUUCAUCGGCCAGCAGGAUUUUAUUUCUUUCACCGAAGCUGAUGACGAUGGUGAUGACGACGGUGAUAUUGACUGCAGCAUCAAAGAGGAGGGACCGGAUGGUUCCGUUCACUCUGAUUCAGACGAUGGAGCUGGAGGAGACAUGUGA